AUAUGGAUCAUCUACUAAUGACUCGCAGGAUGGAGAGGAGCGGAAGGAUAUGUAUGAUGAAGGUGGUAAAAUUAGGGAAGCAACCCUAUGGUCAGUAUCUAAAACGGCUGAAAAGAAGUUGAAGUGGGUAUCUGCGAUUAAGGGAUAUCAAAUCAAGGAUCCAAAGCCUAUAUUAUGGGCUGUUUCAGAUGAUAAGUACAUUGUAUUUAAGACAAACUAUUUUUAUUACAAUUUUGAAUUAUUCGAUGCGAAAGGGAUACACAAAGAUCUUUUCUUUCCUAACGCUCACAAUUUAGUAAACCAACUAGCUUUCGUCCCAAAUGGCGAUCACAACGAUUUAGUAGUUGCUCUAACCGAACCUAUGCAUCAGAUAUAUGUAUUCAAACUAAAAAAUAGAGAAUGGAUUUUAUAUAAUAAAUUUGAAUUAUCAUAUUUUUGCGAUGCCACCAUUACUGAUGAAGGAAAAUUGAUAUUAUUCGAUGAUAAGAUAUUUCAAUUAACUAAAUGGAAUAUUAGAACAUCAGCGUUUGAAACAAAUUUUAUGAUUGAUUGGUGUUAUAAAGUUAGUCUUGUAGAAUUAAAUCAGGGUGGUGAACUUUUGGCUGUUUAUGCUGUUUAUUUACAGGAUGAAACACCAAAGAAAUCUAGACUUUACAUUUAUUCCCUAAAAAGUGGGAUUAAUAUGGCUUAUCAUGAUUAUGACGAAAGAAUAGUUGUAGACAGCAUCUACUUUAUUGCUUAUGAAGUUGGAGAACGUCUACUUAUUAAAUCACACAAUCAGUUUAACAAAGAACGAUAUAUUGACUUAAUGGAUCCAUAUACUCUUAAAAACCUGCUAUAUGUACUUUCUGAUUGUGUAUAUAUUGCAAACAUGAUUAAGGAUGAAUUAAAAGGAAAAUAUUUCAAUGGAUCAGAAGUUCCAACAGAGGAAAACAACGAAUAUAAAUUCUCAGGUAGCUUUUUGAGAUGGAAUUUAAUUUACAAAAAACAUAAUAAUAGACCUGGUUUUUUGAUUGAAAUCGAAGCCGAAAUAUUUGAUCAAAAUAAUAGUUCUUGGAGGCCAGUGGAAGGAGAAUCCAAAAGAACCAUAAAUCCUAAUUUACAACCUCCAGAACACACGAAAAAAACUUAA